GGGGAGGGCGGGCCGGGGCGGGGCGGCCAGGCGGCCGGGGCGGGGCCACGUUCCAGCCCCGCGUCCCGCUCCGAUGGCCGCCCCCGGCUCCCCGCGCUGCCCCCUCUCCCCCGGGCCGCGCCCCGGGGCCCCGCACUGACGGCCCAUGGCGCCGCCCGCCGCCCGCCUCGCCCUGCUCUCCGCCGCCGCGCUCACGCUGGCGGCCCGGCCCGCACCCAGCCCCGGUCUCGGCCCCCGACCCGCUGUACUGUCUCAGCGAUCAUUGCCAGGCCCUCCUCUUUCCACGCCUGAAACGUUGGAAGGCCCCUGGGCUCAAGCCCAGAUGUCUUCUCUCCCCACACGCAGUAAUCCUAUUCUCUCGACACAAUGUUUCACAGCCAAUGGUGCAGAUUAUAGGGGAACACAGAACUGGACAUCACUGCAAGGCGGGAAGCCAUGUCUGUUCUGGAACGAGACUUUCCAGCACCCAUACAACACUCUGAAAUACCCCAACGGGGAGGGGGGCCUGGGCGAGCAUAACUAUUGCAGAAACCCAGAUGGAGAUGUGAGCCCCUGGUGCUACGUGGCAGAGCACGAGGACGGUGUCUACUGGAAGUACUGCGAGAUCCCCGCUUGCCAGAUGCCUGGAAACCUUGGCUGCUACAAGGAUCAUGGAAACCCACCUCCUCUAACUGGCGCCAGUAAAACAUCUAACAAACUUACCAUACAAACCUGCAUCAGUUUUUGUCGGAGUCAGAGGUUCAAGUUUGCUGGGAUGGAGUCAGGCUAUGCUUGCUUCUGUGGAAACAAUCCUGAUUACUGGAAGUAUGGGGAGGCAGCCAGUACCGAGUGCAACAGUGUCUGCUUCGGGGAUCACACUCAGCCCUGUGGUGGUGAUGGCCGGAUCAUCCUCUUCGACACUCUUGUUGGUGCCUGCGGUGGAAAUUACUCAGCCACGACCUCUGUCAUCUACUCCCCUGACUUUCCUGACACCUACGCCACAGGGAGGGUCUGCUACUGGACCAUUCGGGUUCCGGGAGCCUCCCACAUCCACUUCAGCUUCACCUUAUUUGACAUCAGGGAUUCUGCAGACAUGGUGGAGCUGCUGGACGGCUACACCCACAGAGUCCUGGUCCGUUUCAAUGGAAGGAACCGCCCACCUUUGUCCUUUAAUGUCUCUCGGGAUUUUGUCAUUCUUUAUUUCUUCUCUGAUCGCAUCAAUCAAGCCCAGGGAUUUGCUGUCUUAUACCAAGCUGUCAAGGAAGAACCACCACAGGAGAGGCCCACUGCCAACCAGACACUGGCCGAGGUGAUCACAGAGCAGGCCAACCUCAGCAUCAGUGCUGCCCGGUCCUCCAAAGUCCUCUACGUCAUCACCACCAGCCCCAGCCACCCGCCACAGACUGUCCCAGGAUGGACUGUGUAUGGCCUGGCAACUCUCCUCAUCCUCACAGUCACAGCCAUCAUAGCAAAGAUACUUCUGCACAUCACAUUCAAAUCACAUCGUGUUCCUGCUUCAGGGGACCUUGGGGAUUGUCAUCAACCAGGGACGUCCGGGGAAAUCUGGAGCAUUUUUUAUAAGCCCUCUACUUCGAUUUCCAUCUUUAAGAAGAAGCUCAAGGGUCAGAGUCAACAAGAUGACCGUAAUCCUCUUGUGAGUGACUAAAGCCCCGUCCCCAUGCCUGGGAUGUGAGGCUCCUCUGAGUGCAAGGCCGCAGGGGACCACCGCCCCUGUGGUUUCCUCUGAUGAACUCUUCCCUGCCUCCCCCCCAGCCUCUGCAGAGGCGCCUGCCAGUGGACUGGGAAGGGGCGCCCUGCUGCAGGGGCAGGCGUAGCCUGCAUUCAUCCUGCUUCGUCGGCUGCACUUCGGAGAGAGACACGCAAGGUCCCCGGGUCCAGGGCCUCCUGUGUGUGUGUCUCUCUCUGAUCUAGGAAGAGGGGUGUCAGGACACUGGGGCUCAGAUGGCAAAGAUGGCUGUGUCUAGCACUGGGUUCAGGUACAUUCUAGAUGGUUCUCGGGUGGUGGGUAAGUGUAGUGUACAUUGAGUCUUGCUUGCUUCUUCUCUGUGUUGUCCACACACAGAUCGCUUUCUCCUGGUCGUUAUGGUUUGGAAGAGGGGGCGGGCAGAGAAUUCCGAGGUUUUCUUGAGGGUUGGCCUGGUCCAGUUCUCCGACAUCCCAAAGCCCUAAAGAGGGCCCAUGUUCUGUGCUGACUCUGGGGCUUUGUUCUCUGGGCGCUGAAUGAGAACAGGCCUCCUCCCACCUGGGACAGCCUGAGAAGCAGGUCUGCUGACCCCUAUUCAUGUCAAACCUGAAACCUUCCACAUUUGGGCUUCUUCCCACAGCGUGGUGACCAACAGAGCAAGCUUGUGGAGUGGCUGCAUAAAACAUCCAUUGAUUUUUCACACAACAGACUUUACUGGAAGCUUUCAUAGGUGCUCAAUAACUCCUUGUGGGAUUGGAUUUGUCUGGCCUUGCCCCCAGGCAGCUUGUGGUCCUGUGGAACCUGGGCCAGGCCCUCAUCUCUCCAGGAUGCUCUAAACUGACUCUCGAUUCAGCACAGGCAGUGUGGAGAUCAUGGUUCAGCUUUUAGCCAGCAUUAUGUGAGGCAGGGUGCUAGCAGUCCCUCCUUUAGCUGUCCCUCAUUGUAAAAGAAAAUGAAAAACACCCCACAGCCGGUGUUCUCUGUCGCCCUCUCUUCCUCUUGUGGGGACAGAGUGGGGUGUGGAGGGCUUGGCGGGGAAGUAGAGGGCUCUUAGCCCUGGCCUCACACUACCCUGCCCUCAGGUGGGGAGGUGGGUCGUAGACUUGGCAUGAGGAGUGAGAGAGGGAGGGUUUGGGAACUGGAGACCUUCUGAGGACAGGCCUCCGAAGAUGGAGAGCUACAAAUGCAGUGCUGCAAGUGCAGAGUCAGUGCCAUCGCUGGUUUAGAAGCCCCACCAUCCAAAGCAGGCUCUGCCAACAGCAGCUGAGCAGAGCCGCCUGUGCCUCUGAAGGUCAGGCCUGAGCCUUUGUCAGAACGUGACUCUCCCAGAGGCACUCAGGCCUCGGGCCUUGCUGUGCCCCUGGCCUCACAGGUUCCCCCUUUGGAGCACUUUGCCUACCUGGCCUGAGUCCCUAAGCCACUGCCUUCCACGGCCCUUCCUGGGGUUUUGCUGUAUUGGCAACCCGUCUGAAACCAGCUGCUGCCAGAAAAACAGGGGGCCAUGUGGGGCUAGCUGGGAGGUGUCUGCCGAGAGAGGUGACACCUGGCAACCAAGAAAGAUACUAAGUGCUGGCAGGCAGAGGGCAUUCAGAGAAGGGCGACGGUGCAGUGUGUCCAUAGGAGGGCAGGGCACCACCCCAGGCACCAGGGGACGCCUCCCACAGCAUGGACCCGCUUGGCGCUGCCUUCACGCUUUGAUCUGGAAAGGGCGGUUACCCUGGAGCAGCUGUCCUCAGGCCCCUGGGUCUGGAGACAGCGGUCUGUCCCAUACAAGGACCACUGGAAAUACACUGACAUGUGCAGUCUCCCUUCCAAGCUAUUCCUGGCUUUUGUGGAAUCUCCUCUCAAACACAAGUGUCAGGUGUGCAGUCACAAAGGGCCCUGUGCUGUGAAUAGAUCCACUCAGAGCACAAAGGGAAUGUGGAAUUUGGCAAAGGGUUCACCCCGCCAAGAGGCAGUUGUUCGGCGGCCGAUGGCUUACUCGGAUCGCUGGCCUCUGGAGCCGCCCGCCUACCCUGCUCACCUCAUACCUCUGGCCACAGGGGCCAAGCCCCAAGCCAGGGUGUCUCCUGGGCCUGCAGCUGGAUCAGCCCUUUGUCAGCGAUCCUGGAAAUGCUGGUGACACCCCAGAACUCUCCUUCUGGCUGGUCCUGGAGCAGCCCAGUGCCACCAGGAUCCAUUAUGUCCAGGGAGGGACCACAGGUAACCCAAACCAACCUCAAGACAGCAAGGUUGGGGGGACAGUCAUAAAUUGUCCCAGGUCACACCUCCCUAAAUUCCUUGGCCACAGUCUGGCCAUGCUCUUGGUUGGCACAUGUUGACAGCACCCCAUAAAGAGUCCCUUGUGGCUAAGCUGAGAAAUAAAUUGUCCCAGAAGAGGUGAGGUGCACUUCCAGGAGCAUCGAAGGAGGAAGCACUUGAUCUUUUAAAAAACUACUUUUGAAGAGACAAAGUAGGGGUUUGGAGGUGAUUGGAAAGGUGACCCUGAGAAAAGCUCAUUACAGAUCACACAGCAGAAGACUAUGAAGGGGGUGGGGGCUCUGGGGACCACCAUGGACGGCGGCUCCGAAAGCACCCUGUGCAGAGCGUCUGCCUUGAGGUGCAGAGUGGAGGGGGCUGCAAGCUUGCGCCUCACUCAGGGCCUGUGUGCCCUCCUCAUCCCGUUCACUGCCAGUCCCCAGGCCGUCUUCUGGGCGCGUGUCCCAGCCUGAGGGAGGACCCCCGGGCAGCGGCUCGUGUUGCCUCCCAUGGUGGUUGCACCUUUUCUUAGCCAUGUUUCACAGUGGCCUUGGCCUCUCUAGAAGGCACUUGGUGCCCCGUGUUCUUCCCCAUGUGUCGUUGCUUACAGAGCGGCGAAGGAGUAGGAAUGAACCCCCGGUACCUUCCCCCACACCCCCCAUGCCAGAACAGGGCAAGGCCUCUCUGGGUGUAAGUAAGGUAACCUGGUUGCUUACUGUCACUUCUGCAGUGUGGGCUCUGGCUCAGGACUCCAAUCAGCCAGAAACCCACAAAGAUCAAAGCACUAGGGAGUACAACUAUCCUGGACCUGAGGCCAAACCUGUGGGGAAAGGCCUCACCCACACGCCCCAUUGUCAGCCCAAGGCAGGGCCAUUGCCAAGCCUCUGUGCGUCCUAGGCACUUAAUCCUCACAAGCACUUAGUGGACGGCCUCCCAGAUCCCGUCUGCCCUGCCUGACAAGGCCACCCCAGCUCUCCCCCAGAGCCAGGCCAGCUCCCCACUCCAUGGCCCAGUCAACUGGCAUGCUCUUGGGAUUCAAAUCUCCUGUUUGGUGUUUGAUGUCUGCUUUUGUUACUACCUUGGGGAUUUUUAACCUUUUGAUUAUUUCCUCUGGUGUCUUUGUUUACCUUCCUCACUCUUCUACCUCCUGGCCAGGUCUCUCAGCUUAGCUGCCCUGGCGUGGGGUGUUUCUCAAACCUUCCAGCCGCAGCUGCCUCCCCACAGGCCGGCGGGCUCAGGGCUGACAGGGCCUCACCCUCUGCCUGCAGGCCCCAGGGGUGUGCCCAUUGCAUGGGCUUCUGUCUUGCUGAGUCCCACAUACUCAACGAGACAGAAAUGGGGUGCGGAGGCAAGUCCAAGGCAAAUCUACCGCGUCAGAACGGAUGUGUCUUCAGGAGCACAGAGUGGGGAGCUGCCGCCGCAGGGUUCGCGCCGCAUCCAGACCUGCCCACAUCCAGACUCACCUUCCCGUGGGGAUCUUGACUUUGGAUGACAAGGCUUUAUUUGUAAAUAUGCUCUUAAUAUGCAACUUUGAGAAUAAAAUAGAAACAUCAUGUAUUUUAAAAUAUAAGAUGAAGUGUGACGCACUGUAUACAAUUUAAUAUAUAUUUUUAGGAUUUUGUUAUUUAAGAAAAUGGAAUGUAAUGGUACUUAACUUUUACAAAAGAGAGAAAAAUGUUAUUUUUACUGCCUGGAGAAA